AAUGAGGCGCCUUUGUUACCUUUUAACUGGUACUUUCAAUUGUUUUCAAUAUAUUUAAAAUUUCGAUUGGCAAAAGGAAGUUUAGUUUCAACCUGACAUCGCCAAUCGAACCGCUGCCAUCUCUAGUGGCAGAAUGUGGCAGUUUGAAAACAAAAAGACAACUGAAAUGAAAGCCUCGAACAAUGAAGUGCACGCUAAGGACGAGGGUUUUCGCAAAAAGACCUUUUCGCGGCGUUCACUGGCUGCGAUAUCGCUGCACAGCACAGGUCGGGAGCUCGGCGACGGAGUGUCCCAGUGGCUGUCCCUCAAUCUCAAGGAGGACAUUAAAAACCUUCUAAACGAGGCGGGCAAAUACAUGCGGCGCAUCCGGGAUCACCAGGUGUGUCUGUCGCACGUCCAGCAAGCCGUCCGGAUGGACGAUAACCUGCCCACGGAUGUGUUCUUUAGACUGAUUCUUCGCGAAGAUUUCUCACGGCCGCUUGCGGUAAAGGGUCGCACCGCGAUCGGAGCUCCAACCUCCGAACCUUGCACCGUGCAGCUUUUUUCCGACCUGGAAUCCCAAGCGGAGAUUUCUCUGGAGCCGGCUCCCUCCCUCCAUUCGGGAUGGCUAAAACUGGAGCAGGUGCUGCUGAAGGACUGCAAACGCUAUCCGUUGACCAAGGAGCAGCAGUCCUUUUACGAGCUGAUCACCGAGGCCUGCGUGGGGUCCUCAGAGUCACGGCGCCAGCGGGCGCUCCAAACCCUCUCCACAGAUCCCUCGCUAGAGGUGCUGCUGCCCACGUUGAGCGAGUUCAUCGCGGACUCGGUGGUCGUCAACGUGACCCAGCAGAACUUAUCACUGCUCCUCUAUCUGAUGCGCAUGGUCAGAGCCCUUUUGGGAAACUCUAGGUUGAGUUUGUUACAAUAUCUCCACCAGAUCCUGCCGGCUGUUCUAUCCUGCCUGCUGACCAAACAGGCCUGCCCAUCCCCGGGCUUAGAGGAUCACUGGGCCUUGAGAGAGUACUCGGGUAACAUCAUGGCCCAGAUCGUGCGCCACUUUGACGCCGCCGACAACAGCAUCCUGCCCAGAGUUAUUGGGAUCUACAAAAGUGCUCUUUGCAUGCAGCCACUAACGACGGUGUUCGGGGCAGUCAUCGGCCUGGGAAAGAUGGGCAAUCACGUGGUGCGGUCUUGCAUUUUGCCUCAAAUAGCAUACCUUUCUGGACGGAUCGAGCCUCAUCUGACUGUCAACGGGUGCUCCAGCUCCAGCCUAGACAAGCUUGCCGCCAAGUACAUUCGCCACCGUGUUGUGAAAAUAUGCACCAAGGUACUAAAGAACAUUCCCGAUGCGGCGGAUCUCCCGGAGCAGUUUGCCGUCGCAUACGGAUUUUUGGGUCCGUCCUUGUGCGAAUCCAUUAUUGUAGAGCGCAUCAAGGUGGAGGUGAUGGCUGCAGCUAAGGCGGAGACGGAAGAGGCGUCCAGAAUGCAGCAAGCUAAAACAACUUCCGAGCUCCACAAGAACCCAACCGCUUUUAUUUCUACCAAUCAGAUGCCCAGCAACGGUGUUCGUCGAACCAACGAUAUUCCCCAAUCUGGGUCUAAUUUUCCUCCCACGAAUGGUCUAACCGGCAAGGUUCCACCGCGGAUAUCAUACAGUCCAAUGUCCCAUUUAAAUAUGCAUUCGAUCACUGGGAAACCCGUGGAUUGUGUGGUGUCUCAACCCGCGCAGGUUCCGAUGCCUCAAUUUAGAAACAAUUUAAUCCCGCCUACUUCCAAGCAUUCCUUCUCUCCAGCCAGUAAUGGAAUACUCCCAAAGUCAAACAAUCUGUUUGUUUUGCCACCUAACAAAAAUGGAUUUGUUCCUCCAUCAAGCAAUAAUGGCAGAAAGCCCAUUAACUAUUUACUUAAAUAACAAUUUUAAAGGAAAAAGUUUCUGAAAAAUAGAUGUGAAAUGUUCACAGCUGCAAUAUUAAUAAAGCUUUUGCGAUUCCUACCUUUGAAAAGCCGAAUAAAUCUGCCCUGCCCUG